CUUGUCAUAAUUCUCUGAUAGAAAAAAUAAAGAGAAAUAUAUGAACACAACCAAGUUUGAUGUGUCACCUUAUUUGCUCCUCGAAGCAUCUGCAGAUUCCGAUGGCGGAGGCACCGUUCAGAUCGUGGGUGCCCUGGACGGUGGCGAAUCCAUUGUUAACGAUUAUUACACGGAUGGCGAUGAUAAGUCUUGUAGUGCCAGUUUGUACGAGACGUCUUGUGUGACGGCGACGAGUCAGAGACAGAGUUUUGAUCUAGAGGAGGAUACGGUGAAGGAAGAAAGAAUAUUCACCACCGCAGAGGAAGAAGACGAGGACGGAGAAGGGGAAGUGAACAGCUACAGAAGAUGCGGGAAAAGCCAGUUUGUUAAACUGAGCGUUGAUUCUAGUGAGGUGGUGAGUGAGAUGGACAAAAGUCGAAUGUUCUGGGAAGCUUGUCUCGCUUCUUGAUCAGUCUAUCUAUCUUGUCUCGCCAAAAAUGAGAAAGCAACACGUCGUCUAGCUUAGGCUAAAUACAUGUCUAGCAUCUUUUUUUUUCCUUCUUUUGUGGUUUUUGCUUGUAAUUGUGCCUGUGAAUGCCCUUAUAUCCACCCAUCAAUUAUGUACAUAGAAGAGUCAAUUCA